GAGCCGGCUGGGGACCGGAUGUGAGGUUCAGUGUCCCCCAACGUGCCGCUAGUGGGCUGUACAGGUCACCCUCUCCCACGGUGCCCGCCGACCCUGGGGUGUCUGUCUCUCUGCGGGUAGGAGGGCGCCAUGGGCGCGCCGCCGCCCGCUCCCCGCAGCCGCCUUUGCGGAGCCUGGGGUCCUUUCCCCCGAGUCUUUGCUGCCGGUGCGGUGGCUGCGGAUUCCCCAGGCUUUGUGGAGGAUCGGGAGCAGCGUUCAGGUGUCUCAGACCCCGGUUCCCUGGAAUCCGGAUGGGACCGCCUCCGGCAGCUGUUUGCCAAAGAUGAACAACAGAGAUUCUCAAAGGAAAUUGACUAUAUCUACAGGGCAGCAGUUUCAGCAGGCAUCAUUGGCUGGGCAUAUGGAGGAAUACCUGCUUUUAUUUAUGCUAAAAAACGCUACAUUGAACAGAGCCAAGCGGAGAUUUAUCAUAACCGAUUUGAUGCUGUGCAAAGUGCACACCGUGCUGCCACAAGGGGCUUCAUCCGGUAUGGCUGGCGCUGGAGUUGGAGAACUGCAGUUUUCGUGACCAUAUUUAACACAGUGAACACUGGACUAACUGUGUAUCGAAAUAAAGACGCCAUGAGCCAUUUUGCCAUUGCAGGAGCUGUCACAGGAGGUCUUUUCAGAAUAAACUUAGGUGUUCGAGGCCUGGUGGCUGGUAGUAUAAUUGGAGCGUUGUUGGGCGCGCCCAUGGGAAGCUUGCUGAUGGCCCUGGAGAAGUACUCCGGUGAGACGGUUCAGGAGAGAAGGCAGAAGGAAUGGAAGGCCUUGCACGAGCAGAGGCUGGAAGAGUGGAGAAGCAGUCUGCAAGUCACUGAGCUCCUCCCGAUGGAGAUUGAAAGUGGCUUGGAGAAGAUUCAGCCUGAGGGAGACGCUCAGAGGAUUGAGGAGCUGCUAAGCCUCCCUAGGAACCCUUCAUCGCCACAUCAACAAAGCAAGCACUGAGGACCAGGGGGCUGUGUCUGGGAACGCCAGUGCCAGGCUACUCCGCUACUCCUUGCCAGCCCGCUGACUGAUGUGAGGGCUGGAAGCUGUGCUAGCGGUCACUUGUCUCUGAUCUUUUUCUUUCUUUCUUUCUUUUUUUUUUUUUUUUUUUUUUUUUUUGGUUUUUCAAGACAGGGUUUCUCUGUGUAGCCCUGGCUGUCCUGGAACUCACUUUGUAGACCAGGCUAGCCUCGAACUCAGAAAUCCACCUGCCUCUGCUCCGAGUGCUGGGAUUAAAGGCACGCAUCACCACAUGGCUUCCGAUCUUUUUAUUACAUCCAGAAUUAGGCACCCAGUACUCAGGGUGCCACUGACCUGUAAAUCCAGAAGCUUGGGAGGCUGAGAAAGGAAGAUAGUGUGAUGCUAGCCUGAGCUACUUAAUGAGAACCUGGUUAAAAAAUGUGCACCCACAAAAAAACCCAAACAACAGAACCAAAAAGCAACCCAAAUAUUCUUAUUUAUUCCGAUCAUUGAUCCAUCUAAAUAUUUCAUAUUUCUCUAUCAUGCUAGAUUUUGUACAAGUAAAAUUCUUCCCAAAAGAUUUAAAUUGUGUUGUCUGGAUCGCCUAAUCAUGCCUCAGUCUUUGAAGAGUGUUCUCUUGGAGGACCUGAAGGAACUGGAGGAGGAGCAUGUCCGCGAGACCCUCUUCCUCGGGCCCUCAGACAGUGGAUAGUGUGAGCCUCUACGUUUAGUUGUUUGGAUUUUUUUUUUAAAAUAAGAAUAAGAGGUGAUUCCUUGCCAUUUAAACGUGGUUUAACAAACUGGAAGCAGGUGGGUAUCAGUAAAGAAGCGAUCCAGCUUAGUCUCCGCCCCCACACUGCCAACAAAGCACCUGUGCUGCAGGACACAGAAGAUGCGACAUGCUGUCCCCACAGUAAGGAGCUGGCUGCCUGAGAGAAGCCGUCCUAUAGAUUUCAGCUAUGGACAGAAUGGGAGAAAGUGCAAGACCGAGUCACAGGCAGCACUUUUCUGGCCUUUGGGUGUGUUUUUUCAAUUUUACUAACAUGCAGUUAAUGGUCUGAAAACAUUAAAUGGAAGAUCCCAGGACUAA